GAGAAAAUCAACCAAAUUACUUUUUGCCUUUUCCAUAUCCAUUUUCCCGCGAGAAGGAAAAAAAAGAAAAAAGGCUAAAGCAGACGGACCCCAAGCCAAGUAAAAAUCACCAAACUCACUACUAUAAUAAAAGAAUGAAGUUCCUAAAGAGACAGAAAAGGUGAAACGUUAAACCAGCUUUGCUGUAGAGCCUACUUCGGGACUUACAUAGUUUUAGUCCAACCAAAAACGUAGAUGUUUCCCAAGCUCUUCACUAUCUACGACGUUCAUUUCGAGCUACCUUCGUUCUUUUAAAAAAAAACCAUCCAAAGAUCUCUUGAAACAGCUGCUGAAGGCAAAUUUGUACGAUGGAUCCAUGCCCAUUUGUUCGUUUGAUCGUCGAAUCAUUAGCUCUGAAACCCCCGCAAGCUACCAAACCAGCCGGUUCUGGCGUUUACCCAACAACGACGCCGUGCUUUUGCAAGCUCAGACUCAAAAACUUCCCGUCUCAAACAGCUUUGUUGCCUCUCAGCAACAGCUCCGGUGACUCGCCUCCUGAAUCCUCCACCUACACUUCUGGAUUCCACCUCGAUGCUCUAACUGUCCGGCGUCUCUCUGGUAAGCCCGUGACGCUACGUAUCGAAGUCUACACCGGACUCAUGGGCCGCACGUGCGGCGUCAGAUGUGGGAAGCUGGUGGGUCGGGUUCAGGUCACUGUGAACUUGGGUGUGUCACAAACCAGGCCUUCAGUGUUCCAAAAUGGGUGGAUGAAACUGGGCAACGAACCGGAUAAGUCAACCGCUAAGCUUCACUUAACGGUCAGGGCUGAACCUGAUCCCCGGUUUGUUUUCCAAUUCGGUGGAGAACCGGAAUGUAGCCCUGUCGUUUUUCAAAUUCAAGGCAACAUUAGACAACCCGUGUUCAGUUGCAAGUUUAGCGCCGAUCGCUCAAGAUCUCGAUCCCUCCCACCAGAUUUUACCAACAAGAAUAGAGGAUGGGUGAGAACAUUAUCAGGAGAAAAGGAAAGGCAAGGAAGAGAGAGGAAGGGAUGGAUGAUAAUGAUAUAUGAUCUAUCUGGCUCUCCUGUUGCAGCUGCCUCAAUGAUCACUCCAUUUGUACCCUCCCCUGGUUCAGACCGUGUUUCUAGAUCAAACCCUGGUGCAUGGCUAAUACUCCGCCCCAACGGCUUCUCUGUCAGCAGCUGGAAACCAUGGGGUCGUCUAGAGGCAUGGCGAGAACGGGGUCCUGUUGAUGGCUUAGGCUACAAGUUUGAACUUGUCACUGAGAAUGGCCCUAAUAAUGGUAUCCCUAUUGCUGAAGGUACAAUGAGUGUCAAAAAGGGUGGCCAAUUUUGUAUAGAUAGGAGAGUACCAAGAGAUGCUGCAUUCAGUUUAAGGUCACCUGUUAAAGGAUUUGCUAUGGGUUCGACCGUUGAAGGUGAAGGAAAGGUUAGCAAGCCUGUCGUACAAGUUGGGAUGCAGCAUGUGACAUGUAUGGCUGAUGCUGCACUGUUUAUUGCACUUUCAGCUGCCAUCGAUCUUAGCAUGGAUGCUUGCAGACUUUUCUCACGUAAACUGAGGAAGGAGCUUUGCCAUGAUGAACAGGAUUCUUCUUAACUUUAUUAAAACCCUAAUUCACUGCAAAUUUCCCUUCUGCUGCCAUGAUAACCAGUUAUUUAAGCUUUUCGUCAGUUAAAGCACUGUUGGUUUGAGCAGAGAGUUGAACAAUGCAUCUUUCUUCUCUUCUUUCCAUCCUUAAUUAUUUGGUUUUCCCCCCAUAUCAUUUUCAGCAUUUCUUCAGCGUGGGGGUGAGGCUGCUGAUCUGGUUUGGGAGAGGCUCUUCUUCGGUUGACAACAUCGUAUUUAUAAUUCACAGUUUUUGAUAGUUUUUAUUCUGCUUUUAGGUUGUGUUUUUAUCAAACACAAUAUACAGGGGAACGCUUCUUUUUUUUUUUUUUUUGUUGGGUUCAUACCUUACAGACUGAAAUUGUAUAGACAAAAGAAUUCAAUUGUUUCAUUGUUUUGUUCAUAGUUACAUUUUCAUUCUUUAAUUUCAUCAGCAAAUACAAGGAAUGUUUUACAACACAGUGAAAUUCACAUGAAAACUAAACAGAACAGAGAUAGUUUGCAAAGUUUGGCCAUCAAAUUCCUGUCCUAGUACUGGGUAGACAAAUCUUACCGAACAGAGUACAGAGAUUAUCUUAUCAGAUGCCCAACUUAUAAACCAGAUGAAUUAACCAGCAAACUUCAAAGGCCAGCUUGCUUUCAACAUGGUUCCAAUCAAAUUGGACUUCCUCAGGUCAUUCCCUGUUCAGCCCAGUUAUUACUGUUCCAGUAAGAAUUUAAUUGGAGAUGUUAAUUUUAUUCGUAUCCUAUAGAAAAUUUGAUUUUUUAGUCGAGAAUAAAGAUGGAUGUUACAUUA